AUGUUUAAAAUAUUCGAAAAAAAUCAAAGUAUUUCCCCAAGUGUUUCAAAUUUGAACAAGUAAGAUUAAUACCUAUAUCAUCACGUACAAUUAAUAAGUAUUGAGUUCGAUUUCCUUUUAGUUUUGAUCUGACUAACAACUGGGAGGACUUUUCUCAUGUCAACUAUGUAUUCAAAUUUAUUUGAUUUAGAUAUAUUAUUAAUUAGCUGUUGAUGAUUAAAUCAUAAAAUAAAAUUAGAAAAACAAUACAAUUUUUAAAUCUGUACAAAAUGUUAACGAUAAUUUUUACUAGAAACCAUCACAUUUAAAAUUGAUGAUAGGAGCAAGAUUUCUGGUAUAAAAGUUAUUGAUAUACAGAAAAAAAAACUCAUAAUAGUAAUCAUCAUAGAAUCUAAAAUAAAUUUUGUCUAUUAUGUAAGGGUAUUAGAAAAUGUAAAUUUAGUCCUUAAAAAAAUAUAGAGAAUCUGAUACUUUUACAAUUAUGAUGUCGGAUUUUAAUAGUCUUGUAGAGUUUUAAAUUUCUGGCAUACAAUGUCAGGAAGUCACCUGCUUAAGCUACCCAAGUAUUAUUCUGAUAAGAUUGUUUUCAAGGUAAACUCAAAAUUUGGAUUCCAAAUAGAUAGUUUUAAUAGGUUUGAUUUGGUUCAAAUAGUUAAAGUGGGUUCACUUUAUGGGACUAUGUUUAUCGAAAUUAAGGGGCGUUUCUAAGAGUUAACUAAACUUAGCCAAUCAUUUAGGAAACCCAUCAUUGAGACCAGGGAAGAGAACAAUCCUUAAUAUAAUCUUAGCUUGAUUAUAACCAUAUGUCUUAUAAAAAUUUUCAAAAUCGUUUUUCUAUACAAUGUUAUAUACAAAUGUAGUUACAUGUAUUAAAAAAAUUAAAUAAAAAUUCCAAAGUUAGCCGAGUACUUGAUUAUUAAAUUAAGAAAAAAAAUAAUGGAACAACUAAUUAUUAGAUGUAAAUAUUUUCAAACACAAAAAUACCAUGUCUUUGAUUGAAUUUAAAAAAAAUUGGUUGUUUGACAAUAACUAUAAUUUUUAUUAUUUCUUUUUUAAAUAAAUAUAAUUAUGUAUUACUCUGGUAGAUAAUAUUUUAUAUAACCAAUAAGUCUACUAUUCUCUUGAAAACAAUAUUCUUCUCUUUAAAUUUGCUCACAAAUAUUUAAACUUUAAUUUAAUUUAAAACCUACCAUUUCAAUUUUGCAUGAUUUUAAUACACUAUUAUAGUAUUCAAAAUAUGGUUUGAUGUACAAGUGAAUAUUAGAUUGAAUGUAAGUUUGUUGUUUUGGGUUACGUCAUACUACUUAUUCAGUGAUGUAGUAAAGCAUAUGUGAUGGUAUACAAAAUACAAUAUUUAGGUAAUAACUUUUUGAUUUUUUCAUCAAUGCAUAACUUGUGUUAAGUUUUAAGUUUUCUCAAGUGUAUACUCACUAAAAAAAUUAUGAUAUCAUCUCUGUUUCUGUCCAAAUGCUAAACAUCACGUGUGACACCACUAUUAUAAAAGUGUAGUACUUAAAACUAAAAUAUUGAUAAAUUAAAAUAGUAUUAAGUAUGUUUGGUAAUAUUACAACAAAAGAAAGGUUAGCUAGCGUCAUUCCUAAGGAAUUUUGUAAUUAAAUAUAAAAUUAAUGUAGCAAAAUGUAGUAAAUAUUAAAUUGGUACAUGAUUUAAAAAUUUAAAUAAUGUAGGUAAAAAGUAUUUAGUAAUGUAUUUAAAAUAUUUAAAACAAAAAAAACUCAUAAAUAUAAGUUGAAAAACAUAAUUUAAACAUAUUUUCCUCUAAUGUGACUACUACAAAAUUCUAAUUAUAAAAAUUUAGUUUUUCAAAAAAUAAUGAAGAACUAAUAAGUAUCUACAAUUAGACAAUUACAUUAAAUGUUUUAAAGUAUACAUUUUCAAUGCCUUAAUUCAGGUGCAUUUCAUUUUUGUUUUAUGAAUUAUUUAAGUUGUUUUGAUAAAUUAUAAUAUGUAUAAUGUGUAUUAUAUGUUUAUAUUACUUUUCAAUUUGCAAUCAACAAUCUAAUAUAUUUCUAUUUCUUUAGGAAGCCUAGAGCACAAAAUUCAAAUACAAAUUCUAAUGAUGGAAACAUAUGCCCAGGGAUGAAAUCUAAGAAGGCCGAAUUAAAAAAAGUUCCUAAAUCAUGCGAAUUUAAAUUUGACAUGAAAUCAAUUCUAAAAGAACGUCAAGCCGAGAGUAAAUAUUGGGAAAAAAAUGCCAAAAUUGAUGAAGAGAUGAAAAUUGUUGAUGAAUUGUUCCAAAAAGAAAUAGAACAAAAUGUUGAUAUAGAUAUAACUCCUGCUAUACCAACAUUAGGAUAUGUUAUAUUUGACCACUCCAAGUAUAAUAAUUUCAUUAAAAUUAAUUCAAAUUUUGAAAUAAACUCUUGGUCACAAAGGUUACUUGCAAUGUCUAUUGAAGAAAAUGAAUUUGUAGCUCACACACAUUUUCUUCAUUUAAUGAAAGCUGAUUGGUUACCAGGAAUAGAUGUAUGUUUAAUUCAGAUUUUUCUCUAUCUAUAUUAAUAAAUAAAAUAAAAAUGCUUAUUAAUUAAUUAAUUAAUUAUAAUUUAAUGUUAACAUUUAUUUUCAGGAUAUCAAAAAUAUUUUAUUGAAUUGGGGAACUGAUUUUGAUACACUCACUAAUAAGCCAUUGUUAAAAUGUCAAAUUAUUAACAAACACGGGUUAAUUAACCAUCAUAAUUUUGCAUUGGUAUUCCAAUUCUUUUCUUUGAGUGUGUUAAAAAGUAAUAAUGUAUUUAGUAAUGAUGAUUUGUUAACAAUAGCAAAGUUUGUUGUCAUUAUAUCGCUUGAUUAUUAUUGCGGACAAAUGUUAAACCCCAUAAAAACAUUGUUCAGUAUUUGUGUUGAAAAAGGUUUACACGAAGACAAUGAUACUGGCAUUAUAGCAUUUGCUGAAGAAAUGAUCUCUCGACAUAAUGAAGAAAUUGUUUUGAAGAUGGUUGUAGAUUUAUUUUUACCAAUAGAAGGCCAUGUAAUGAAAAAAAUGUAUUGUUACUUAACAUUUAAGUUUUUCAAGUCGUUUUUAAAACAAACCAAAAACAAAAAUCCAUUUCCAACUAGUAUUAAUGACUGGUAAGGGUUAAAAUGUAUUAAUAUAAUUUAGGUAUUUUAAUUUUUAAUUUAUUUAAUGUUUCAUUACCCUAGUAUUCGGUUCAUCAAAAAUAGUGUCCUGACUUUUAUAUUCUUACUAUUAAAUAUAAUAUUAACAAAAAAUAUAUACAUUAUUUUACAUUGUUAUAUUAAAAGAUUUAAUAUUUAUUUAUUUAUCUAUUAGCAUAAAUUACAAAAACAAAAACUUAGAUAAUUGAUUAACAAACAUAGUGAAACAGUACCAAAUAUAAGAGAUUAUAAAAAUGAUAUGGUAAUUCAAUUCAUUUUUUUUUAUUGAGAAUUUAAAUAAGACAUACUUUGGUAUUAUAAAACAAGUUAAAAUACAAUAUUACAAGAGUAGCGUAUUUAUGGGAAGAGAUUAAGGAGAUAAAUCUUCCUUCUUGACCGUUUUUUUAUUAUAUAUAAAACUGUAAAUUUUUAAAUUAAAAUUGUUUUACUUUUUAGUCUGAAAAAUCAAUAUUUUAUGUGUUGAUACCUAUAUUUAAUAUAUUAUAAAGAAACUUGAACAUAUAUUAUACAUUUUUUUAAAAUUUAAAACAAAACCAAAUAACUUUUACAAUUUGUUUACUAUAUGAUAUACAGGUAUCAGUACUCGGCAGGUACCUAAAUUAUAAAUUAAUAAUUAUUAUUUUCUUAGGUAUACCUAGUUAUUUGAUUUCAAUGAUAAUUUUACAGCAGAUUAAAUUAUAAAUUAAAAAUUGAUUUUUAGUUUGAACCCGAGUAUACAUUAUAUUAUGUCAUACAAUUUUAAAAUUCAAUAUCUCCUCCAUGGUAAAUUCCUUAAUACGAUACUGAUUAUGAAAAUCUAAAUGUUAAAUUUUGAAUUUCUAAAGUUCUUAAAAUAAAAGUUUUUUUUAUUUAAUUAAUGAUAUAAUAAUGGAUUUUUUAAGUAUAUUUUAAAAAUUAUGAUUGCUUUUAAUUGCAUUUAAAUCAUAUUAAUCAUAACUAGGGCCCGGUUUUCAAUGUAUUUUUGGUAAUCCUGUACACAUUCCACAUGUAUAAUUAGUAACAAAUACUUAAAAGGUGAAACUUUUAUUUUGUUGUUUAUAAGAAUAUUUAUGCAUUUUUCAAAUCAGUAAUUUUUAAAUUGAACUAAACCGAAAUAUUAUCUGAAGAUGUUUUUUUCUUUGUAAACAAAUUGUGGAUUAUUCUAUAAUUUUGAUGUGUCUUAAUCUUAUUUUUAUUAUUGAUUCUGUUGGUAUGUUUAGAAUAAAUAAAUACAGCCUCCUCUCCCCAAAAAAAGCGAGCCAGUCAAAUUUCAGUUUUCUUUCUUUUAAUAAAUUAAAAACUAUGAAAUUAAUAAAAUAAUAAAUUUAAAAAAAAAAAAUUAUAUUACAUCUUUAUGAUAAAAUUGAGUUUUUAAGGACAUUUAAUUAUGGGUCCAACUUAUAACUACGUCAGUUACAAAACGUCUGAUAACAGUCUUUUGUAUUGUUAAAAUAAAUCAGUAAUUAAAUGUGUAUCAUUGCCAUUUUAUAAUAAAAAUAUAAUUGUAAGACACAAAAGUACAUUGUAAUUUUUUUUUCUAGGUUUGUACAAGAUUUGGUGGAUAAAAAAUAUUUUAAAAAAAAUCCAGAAACAUUAAGUUAUGUUAUUGAAUUGUUGGAACAUGUUGUGUUUAUACUCGAUUUAUACAAAGAUGAAGAAAAGCUGAGUGACAUGUAUGAUUUUCUAUACUGUUUAGCUAAAUCAACAAAACUUUUAGAUUCUCAUAAACUUAUUAACAUAUUGGAUCAGUGGAGGUUAAGAUUAUUCCGCUUACACGCUACCCGUAAAAGUAUUUUAUUUUGAUUUGAUGUUCUUAAAAAUAAUUGUAUACAUUGUGAGUUUGUAAGAUUUAUUAUUAUUAUUAUUAUUUUUUUUUUAUAUAUAGUUUAAAUAAUUUAACUUUAACUUUAAAGAGUGUUCAUGAUUUAUUUUGAUUUUUUGAAAUAUUUUGAUUUUUUGAAAUAUUUUGGUAUUGUUUCAAAAUAUUUGAAACUUAGGAUUAUUUUUUUUAUAUAUAUAUGUGUACAAUUUAAAUUAUUCAAGUAAUAAUGAUUUUUUUUUUUUUGAAAACUUAAUAUAUUUGUAAUUUGUGUAUCACUAAUUAAUGUUAUAAAAUACUACUACUAUUUCUAAUGUUAAAAAUUAUAUUAAAUUAUUUUGGUGUAUGUAUUAUGUUUUUUAUAGAUAAUUGCCAAAAAAUUAAACUUAAUUUAAUUUAGUCAUUGGUGGCUUUUAUAAUAUUUUAAAAGUUACUUUUAGUAACUAGCUAGGUUUUUAAUAUUUUAUAGAACUUAAUCAUCUAUUUGUCUAUUUUCAUCAACCACUUAGUUCUGAUGAACCUAUCAGUGAAUGGACUAGACUGGAUUUUCAGGUCAACUAAAAUUAUACAAAAAAAAAAAAAAAAAGAACAGUUAUUAAAAAGGUCAAUAUUAUAUUUUUGUUGUGCAUAAAAAUUAUUCCUAUAUUAGACAUUUUUAAUUUCUCCGGUUUUUUAAAAAAAUAAAAAAUUUUAAUAGUUGUUUUCCCAUAGUUAUUUUUGAUUAAAUAAUCAUAAUUUGAAUCUUUUUAUGCAUAUUUAAUAGUUUUUUUUAGUGUAUUAAAUUUACAGACCUGGUCAUUUAGCUUACCAUAUGAGGUAAAAUAUAUGCACAUAAUUAUUAUUUUAUAUUAAUUGUAUGUGUAUCUACAUAGUUGUCAUUGUUAGAAUGUGUGUUGAUUUUAAUCUAAUUGUCUAACUGAUAUAUAAGGGAACAAAUUUGCUAUGUAUAUUAUAUUGCCUGAUUCUAAGGAUGACUUAAAUGAUUUAUUCAAUUAAAAAAAACCAUCAUUGACUCAUGGUCAAUAAAAAAUAUGAAGACACUUUCAAUAAGAGUGGUACUACCAAAAUUUAAUUUUGAGUAUACAUCAAUUCUUGGACCAAUAUUACAAAAGGUUAUUUUUGGGUCUAGGACACUUCGCUGAUGGACCGAUUCGCCACAACCAAUUCACUGCCAAUUGUUUCACCGCUAACCUUUUUGCCGCUAGACUUUAUAAUAAGUUUUACUUAGUAGUCUAAAAAAUAAAUUUGAGUUGAAUAUUUUACUGUUUUUUUGAUAGACGUUUUAAGAUCAAAUUACGGUAUUUACUACAAAGGAAUAAAGAAAAAAACAACUGUUAAUUACUUCUCAAAAUUCAAAUAGUAAAAAUGUAUUUUUUGAAGAUUUAUGUAAUGCAUUUGCUGCUGCAAAUAUUCCUUUGCAUAAGCUAGGCAAUCGUGUGUUACAAUCAUUUUUGGAAAAACAUAUUAGCAAAUCAAUUUCAGACGAAUGUAAUUUAAGAAAAAAUUGCAUACCAAAUAUUUAUAAAAGUGUUAUGGACCAAAUAAGUAGUGAUAUUGGAAAUAAUUACGUUUACAUGAUUGUUGACGAAAUAACCAAUCCAAGAGGUUUGUAUAAAUAAUUUUUUAAUUUUUCAUAUUAUAAAAUAUAUUAUUUUCCUUCAAGUUUGGCUAUUGCAAAUUUAUUAAUCGGUAUAUUAGAUGUGACCCCUAGUAAAUCAUAUUUAGUUGCAUGUAAAGAACUAGAAUCCACCAAUCAUGAAACUAUUUGUCAGUUUAUUAAUUCCUCGUUAAAAAUAUUUCCUGGUAUUAAACAAAAAGUAUUACUUAUAUGAUGAAAGCAGCAAAACAUUAAAAAUAUUUUUCCCGAAAUUAAUUCAUAUUACAUGUAUGGCUUACGCAGUUAAUAGAGUUCUAGAGAAAAUUUGAGAAUUGUAUCCCGACAUUAAUAAAUUGAUUAACAAUAUAAUAUUUUAAUAUAAUAAGUACCUAUUUAAAAUUUAAAUACAUAUGUAACUUAUUUCAUUUAUUUCAGGUAAAAAAGCUUUCCUAAAAGCACCAUUGAGAAUAAAUAAAUAUAGAAAAGAAAUAUCGGGUAUACCUUAA